CAUGGAAGACUCUUUCAAUUCGUUUACAACUGUUUUUAAAAUAGAGAGUUACGAUGGAUCCACUCUACUUCAACCAAUCGCCCAACUUAUAGAAUUUGGCCUUGAUAAGGUCAAUUUUUUUGCAUGCCAAUUAUUGAGUAUUGUCAUAGCUUAUCUUUUUCGUAUAUUCUGUCAUCCAAAGCAAUUUAGUAUAAGAAACCGUCACAUAGUUCAGCUCUUUGUCGGUGUUUCUUUAUUAUACUUUUGUUUUGGCAAACAAAUCUCUCAUGUAUGGUUGCAACUUAUAAUUAGUUAUGGAUUAUUGAGAUAUAUAAAAACUGGAUUAUCGGAAAAAAUUGUUUUAGUAUGGUGUAUGGGACAUUUAUCAUUUUGUCAUUACCUUCGGGCUCAUUAUACAGAUGGAAACUAUAAUAUUGAUAUUUCUGCGCCACUUAUGAUAUGCGUCCAAAGACUAACAAGUUUAGCUAUGAAUAUUAGCGAUGGUAAACGAAAUGACCAAGGGAAUGACGUUAAAAAGUUAUCUCAUAAGAAAGAUAUUAUAAUCAAAGAAGUACCAACAUUUCUAGAAGUUGCCAGUUACGUAUUCUCUUUCCAUACUCUUUUAUCCGGUCCUCUAAUAUUCUAUAAAGAUUACGACAAUUUCAUCACUGGAAGGAAUCUAUGCGACAAAAAUGGAUCUAAACUUAAACCCGAACCUAAUCCAAAUUAUUUAUUUAAAAAAUGGUUUAUGUUAUAUUUAUUUCAUUGGUCAAAUUUAAUGAAAUAUGAAUUAACCUGGAAGUUGGCCGAAUCGGCUAACGUAGCCGCUGGUUUAGGAUUUCAAGGGUAUAAGGAAAAUGGUGAAGAAGAUUGGAAUGGUGCUGACAAUUUAUCUUUCUGGGAGUUUGAGAUUUCUAGCUCCAUUAACAGAUGCGUUGCUACCUGGAAUAUAACAACAAACGUUUGGCUAAAGUAUGUUGUUUAUGAGAGAGUUCCUUUCUUUCAGAAAUGGGCAGUGUUUGGCUUUAGUGCAAUAUGGCAUGGAUUUCAAGUUGGCUAUUACGUUUGCGCCAUUAGUUGCAUGAUUUUACGUUCAAUUGAACGUAGAAUUAGGAAAAAUUUCAUUCCUUUAAUGGAAAAAUUUCCCGGGUCAUUACAGAUUUUCUUUCGUAUCAUUGGUCUUGUUGCUUUUAAAUUAGGUUGUGCUUUUUGUGGAAUGCCAUUCCAAUUUUUAGAUAUGGAGUUAUAUUUAAAAACAAUGAAGUAUGUACAAUUAAUGAUCCCUUUAUUUUACGUACUAAAUUAA